AUGGCCAUGCACUCGAUGCCCCACGAGGCGCACCAGCACAUGCCUCCGCACGUGCCCAAGCUGCAACAUUUGUAUGAGGAUCCGAGCCGCGCGUACGACAACAACGCCAAGCCCGCGCCGCAGCUCUGGGGUGGCACUGGCAACUUUGGCCACUCGAGCACGCGCAUCUCACGCCAGCUCUGUCGUCGCAGCCAUCACAUUACCGGCCACAUCUUGGCACCACGUCAAAACCCUCAGAUUUGCAUUCGCUUCAUCCUCCCCACCUCCUUCUGUACCAUGGUCCAGUUCCUCUCGCUCGCUCUUCUUUCGACGGCCAUCUUGGCUGCAUCGCCCCCCGCCAAGGAAUGCGGCUCCAUGUGCCUCUUUAGCUCGCUUCCCGGCUGCGCUGGCUGCGGCGGUGGUGUCGUCGGGGGUGGUGGCAACAGCUUCAACAACAACGGUGGCAACGACGUCCCAACGCCGAUGCCGUCGGUGCCAACACCAAUGGCCUCGGUGCCGUAUCCUGCGCCAUCGGUGCCGUAUCCUGCGCCAUCGGUGCCCGCUGCCAACGGCAUGCAAGGCGGCUUGACGCAGCCGGGCAAUGCACCAGGCAUGAUGCUAAACCAGCCGAUGCUCAAGGGCCUCGCGAACGCUGGGAACAUGGGGGGCUUCUCGGGGGGCAACCAUCCCAACAACAACAACGGGCCUGGUGCGAUGGGCAACUCGAACGGCUUUGGCAACUCGAAUGGCUUUGGCAACUCGAACGGCUUUGGCAACUCGAACGGCUUUGGCAACUCGAACGGCUUUGGCAACACGAACGGCUUUGGCAACAUGAAUGGCGGCAACAUGAAUGGCGGCGGCAACAUGAACGGCGGCUGGAGCGGCAACGGCCCCUCGAGCCCGCGCGGUUCGAACUAG